AUGCGCGAAGGUGGCGGCAGCCGUGGCGGCGGUGGCGGUGGCGGUGGACAGACCGCGCGGACAGGAGGCGGUCCAGAGAGGUGCCCGAGGAGGUAGGCGAUAAUAUAAAUAAUAACAACACAAAUCGCUUUUCGUCAUUGAAACGGUUCGGACGGUUUAAAUAGAGUUUCGGGACAAGGCGAUACGCGCACUUUGCUGCUGUUGCUGCACACGGCGUACUUAUUGCCCAUCCACGGAAUCGGACAAACGGUCGCUUCGCAUCAUCUACCGUAACAGCGGCGACAGCGGCAGCGACAACGCGCAGAUACCGCGGCCACGUCGUUACUAUUACCGUACCCGCGAUGACAUCCUCAGCGGCCCUUACGGUCGCCGUCGUCCUGCUGCUGCUGCUGUCUCAGCGGUUACGCGUCUGCGGAAAUCCGCUGGGAAUUUCUCCCGUUACCUCCGCCGCGGCUGACCUGCGGCACUACGCGCCGUCGGCAGACCCGAACGCCACCGCCGCCGACAGUAUUGCAAGGGCGGAAAAAGCACGGCAAAACGGUAACUGUUUAGUACCUACUCGUAAACGUUUAUGA